AUGGCCUCUUGGGAGGUCGGAACCCGUGCCUGGUUCCCCAAUCCGGGUGAGGGCUUCAUUCCUGGCGAGCUCUCGGAGCGAAAGGCACAGGGCGAUGGCAAAAUUGCUUUGGUCUUCGCGCUGGCAGAUGACUCUACUCAGACCAUCGAGACCACCGAAGAGGCUCUGGCUGAUGGCACCCACGACGGCAAUCUCCCGCCGCUGAUGAAUCCCCCAAUGUUCGAAGCCGCCGAGGAUCUGACAAGCUUGUCCCAUCUCAACGAACCUGCCAUUCUGCAAGCUAUCAAGCUGCGAUAUGCCCAGAAAGAAAUCUACACAUACUCCGGCAUCGUCCUGAUCGCCACAAAUCCUUUUGCCAGAGUAGAUUCGCUCUACGUACCGCAGAUGGUUCAGGUCUACACGGGAAAACAGAGAAACUCUCAAGCACCCCAUCUGUUUGCAAUUGCCGAAGAGGCCUACACCGACAUGUUGCGGGACACCAGAAAUCAGACCGUGGUAGUGUCUGGCGAGUCUGGAGCCGGUAAAACCGUCAGCGCGAAGUACAUCAUGCGGUACUUCGCAACCCGCGGUGCUCCCGGACAAUCUAAGCAAGGGACCAAGUCCCGAGCCGAUGCAAUCAGCGAGACUGAAGAACAAAUCUUGGCCACCAACCCCGUCAUGGAAGCUUUUGGCAACGCGAAGACCACCCGUAACGACAACUCGUCACGAUUCGGCAAAUACAUUGAGAUCAUGUUCGACAAGCAGACAGAUAUCAUUGGUGCUAGAAUACGGACAUACCUCCUCGAGCGAUCAAGACUAGUCUUCCAGCCACUGAAAGAGAGAAAUUACCACAUUUUCUAUCAGUUGGUGGCAGGUGCCUCGCCCGAGGAGCAGCAAGAGUUCAGCUUAUUGCCGGUGGAGCAGUUUGACUACCUCAACCAAGGUGCAGAUCCUGUCAUCGACGGUGUUGAUGAUGCUGCAGAGUUCAACCUCACCAAGAAGGCCUUUAGCACCAUCAACGUACCAGACAGCACUCAGCGCCAGAUAUUCAAAAUCCUCGCCGCCCUGCUGCACCUUGGUAACGUUAAGAUCACGGCCACCCGGAACGAUUCGGCGUUGUCUUCCUCGGAGCCUUCGCUUGAAAAGUUCUGCAGUAUGCUGGGCCUCGAUGCUGCCGAUUUUGCGAAGUGGAUUGUCAAGAAGCAACUUGUGACUCGAGGCGAGAAGAUCAUAUCCAACUUGACGCAACAGCAAGCCACUGUGGUUCGAGAUUCGGUAGCCAAGUUCAUCUACUCGAGCUUGUUUGACUGGCUCGUUGAGACCAUCAACCACGACCUGGCCACUGAUGAGGUUUUGCAAAAGUUGCAUACUUUCAUCGGAGUGCUCGAUAUUUAUGGUUUCGAACAUUUUGCUAAGAACUCGUUCGAACAAUUUUGUAUCAAUUACGCCAACGAGAAGCUGCAGCAAGAAUUCAACCAGCAUGUCUUCAAACUAGAGCAGGAAGAAUAUAUCCGCGAGGAGAUCGACUGGACCUUUAUUGACUUUUCGGACAACCAGCCUUGUAUCGAUCUGAUUGAGGGCAAGCUUGGUGUCUUAUCUCUACUGGAUGAAGAAUCCAGGUUACCGAUGGGCUCCGAUGACCAAUUUGUGACGAAGCUGCACCAUAAUUUUGCUGCUGACAAGCAAAAGUUCUACAAGAAGCCUAGGUUUGGGAAGUCCGCAUUCACCGUUUGUCAUUACGCUUUGGACGUCACCUACGAAUCCGAGGGUUUCAUCGAGAAGAACAGGGAUACCGUACCUGACGAGCAGAUGGAGGUUCUCAGGAAGGCCUCUAAUAAAUUCCUCGUUGAGGUUCUGGAUACCGCGAUCGCUGUUCGUGACAAAGAGUCAGCAGCGUCCAACAAUAAGACCAUCGCCAGUGCUCCAGGUCGCCGUGUUGGUGUGGCGGUAAAUCGCAAGCCUACUUUGGGUGGAAUCUUCAAGAGCUCCUUGAUCGAGCUGAUGCAGACCAUCAAUUCAACAGAUGCCCAUUACAUUCGCUGUAUCAAGCCUAACGAGGCUAAGGCAUCGUGGAAGUUCGAAGGCCCGAUGGUGCUCAGUCAGCUUAGGGCUUGCGGUGUGUUGGAAACUGUUCGUAUUAGUACUGCGGGUUACCCAACGAGGUGGACUUACGAAGAAUUUGCCAUGCGAUACUACAUGCUCUGCCAUUCAUCACAAUGGACGACCGAGAUCCGGCAGAUGGGACACAACAUUCUAAGGAAAGCCCUAGGGGACGCAAGCGGCACCAAGUCUGACAAGUAUCAGCUUGGUCUAACCAAGAUUUUCUUCCGUGCAGGUAUGCUGGCGUUCUUGGAGAACCUCCGAUCCGCGCGCCUGAAGGAGUGCGCUAUCAUGAUCCAGAAGAACUUGCGCGCCAAGUAUUAUAGGCGCAAGUUCCUCGAGACCAGAGAGGCCGUCAUUCAGAUGCAGGCCGCGACGCGCGCGUUCAUUGCGAGGCGCCGUGCGGAUGAAAUCAGACAGACCAAAGCUGCAACCGAUAUCCAGCGGGUCUGGCGCGGUUCGAAGCAGCGCAAGAGUUACAACAUCACCCGCAACAACUUUAUCUUGUUUGAAUCCAGGGCCAAGGGUUAUCUGCUGCGGAAGAACAUUAUGGAGACGCGUUUCAGACAAGCUGCCACCACUAUUCAGAGGGCAUGGCGGUCGUAUCGGUCGCUCCGCGACUUCCGUCAACAUCGGAGGAAGGUUGUCAUUGCUCAAAGUCUCUGGCGCGGACGGCAGGCGCGUCGUGAGUACAAGACCAUGCGCGAAGAGGCCCGUGAUCUCAAACAGAUCUCGUACAAGCUCGAAAACAAGGUCGUUGAGCUUACUCAAUCGCUUGGGUCUGUCAAGCGGGAAAACAAGAAUCUCGUCAGCCAGCUCGAGAACUAUGAUUCUCAGCUCAAGUCGAUGCGAACCAGGCAUAACGCUUUGGAGGCGCGAUCGCGCGAGCUACAGAGUGAGGCCAACCAGGCUGGCAUUGUUGCCGCUAAGCUGGCUGCUCUGGAGGAAGAACACGCUAAGUUGCAGACCAGCCACGACGAGCAUUUGGGCAACGCCAAGCGCCUGCAGGAAGAGCAGAAGAAGCUUACGGAUCAGCUCAACGUUUCUAAGACCGAACUUGAGACGGUUCGCAAGGCCAAUACCACACACGAGAGCGAUAAGAACACUCUCCGGCAGCAGAUCAACGACUUGCAGGAUCAGCUCGAGAUGGCCAAGCGUGCCCCGGCUCCCACUGUCAACGGCGAGGUCACCAACGGCACCGCACCGCAGUCCGCCGCUAAUGGUCUAAUCAACCUCGUAUCGUCCAAGAAGCCCCUCAAGCGUAGAAGCGCUGGCGCUGCGGAACGUAUCGAGGCCGAUCGUUAUAGCGGCGCGUUCAAUGCCCGCCCAAUGUCCAUGGCUCUUGACGCACACACCAAGACUCUAUCUGGAUCGACUUUCAACCCUGGUCUUGACAGUGUGGAGAUGGAGCUCGAGAAUCUACUUGCACAAGAAGAGGAGCUCAACGAUGAGGUUACGAUGGGACUGAUCAGAGGCAUCAAGAUUCCCCAGCCGGGAGCUAAUCCCGCGCCGACCGACAAAGAAGUACUCUUCCCCUCUUACCUCAUCAACUUGGUCACUUCUGAGAUGUGGAACAAUGGAUUUGUCAAGGAGUCGGAACGCUUCCUCGCCAAUGUCAUGCAGUCAAUCCAACAGGAAGUCAUGCAGCAUGAGGGUGACGAGGCAGUCAAUCCUGGCGCUUUCUGGCUUUCCAACGUCCAUGAAAUGCUCUCAUUCGUCUUCCUUGCCGAAGACUGGUACGAGGCCCAGAAGACGGACAACUACGAGUACGACCGCCUGUUGGAGAUUGUCAAGCACGAUCUCGAGAGCUUGGAGUUCAACAUCUAUCAUACUUGGAUGAAGGUCCUCAAGAAGAAGCUACACAAGAUGAUUGUUCCUGCUAUCAUCGAGUCACAGUCUCUACCCGGUUUCGUCACCAACGAGAGCAACCGCUUCCUCGGCAAGCUCCUUCCUUCAAACAACACUCCUGCAUACAGCAUGGAUCAAUUGCUCAGCUUGUUGAACAAUGUCUUCAAAGCGAUGAAGGCUUACUACCUCGAAGAUUCUAUUGUCACACAGACCGUUACUGAGCUGCUGAGACUGGUUGGCGUUACCGCCUUCAAUGACUUGCUCAUGCGUCGUAACUUCCUGUCCUGGAAGCGUGGUCUUCAGAUAAAUUACAACAUAACCAGAAUUGAGGAGUGGUGCAAGAGUCACGACAUGCCGGAAGGCACUCUGCAACUCGAACACUUGAUGCAAGCUACGAAACUGCUCCAGCUGAAGAAGGCGACCUUGAACGACAUUGAGAUCAUUCAAGACAUCUGCUGGAUGUUGUCUCCCAACCAGAUUCAGAAGCUCCUGAACCAGUACCUCGUUGCCGACUACGAGCAGCCCAUCAACGGUGAGAUUAUGAAGGCUGUGGCAUCCAGAGUGACAGAAAAGAGCGAUGUCCUGCUUCUUGCACCUGUCGACAUGGAGGACAGUGGGCCGUAUGAGAUUGCUGAGCCGCGAGUCAUUACGGCUCUGGAGACCUAUACUCCGUCCUGGCUACAAACUCCUCGACUAAAGCGGCUGGCGGAAAUCGUCUCCGCUCAAGCCAUGGCCCAACAGGAACAAGGUGGUGUCAACGACGGCGCACUGAGCGAUGGCGAAGCAGCCUGA